CCGCGGCGCCUGCAGCUCGCGCCAUCCACCCACCCACACACACGCCGCGACAUCGCCUCCCCCCUUUCCUCUCCUCGCCUCCCUCGCAAAACCGCCUCCCCCGAAUCUAGCCAGCCAGCCAGCCAGCCACGCGCGCCACCGGACAUCCCUCCUCCCAUCUCUCUCGCGCGCGCGGGGGCGCGAGGUCGGACGGACGGACGGACGGACGAACGGCCGGCGUUCCAUCCCCUCCCACCCUCUCUCUGCCCGCCUGACCUCGGCCGGCCCGCGUGCGUCGGCGUACGUGCGUGCGUAAUGCGGUGGUGACUGGCGGCGAUGAGCGCGUGAUGGCGCCGCCGUUCCUCAAGACCGGGCACGGCCGCGACUCCAGGUUCUCCUUCAGGCGGCGCAAGUCCGGGAAGGCGUCGUCGACGCCCUCGUCGCCGCUCUCGUCGGUUUCGUCCUCGGCGUCGUCGGAGGACGUGGUCCUCGACCCUGGAAGCCCGACGAUGGAGCCGUCGACCAAGACCCAGACGCUGCCGUGCGCCAGGAGGAUGCUCUCCCGGAGCAGCUGCGGGUCCAGGGGCAAGCUUUCGGUCGACCUCAUCCCGGCGCCGCUCGCCGGCGGCCCGUCCGACGCGCCCAGGCCGUCCACGUCGGCCGCGCCGCCCCCCAAGCCCGCGCCCCGGCCCGAGGGCCCGCCAUCAGACAUGGACAUGGUGAAGGAGAAGUUCUCCAAGCUGCUGCUGGGGGAGGACAUGUCCGGCAGCGGCAAAGGAGUCUCCUCGGCUCUUGCUCUGUCCAAUGCCAUCACCAAUCUUGCAGCUUCCGUGUUCGGUGAGCAGCGGCGUCUCCAACCGAUGGCCCCUGAGCCGAAGGCUCGGUGGACAAAGGAGAUCGACUGGCUUCUCUCUGUCACCGAUUUCAUCGUCGAGUUUGUUCCUUCACGCCAGGUGGCCGAGGAUGGCAGCACCAUGGAGGUUAUGAUAACUCAGCAACGCAGAGACCUGCUGAUGAACAUCCCGGCAUUGCGCAAGCUUGACGGAAUGCUCCUUGACUAUCUCGAUAGUUUCGGCGACAAGCAGGAGUUUUGGUAUGUGAAGAAAAAUGACAAUGAAUCUGAGAAGGGCGACGCGGCGGAGCAGAGUGACAAAUGGUGGCUCCCGACGGUCAAGGUCCCUCCCGAGGGUCUGUCAGACUCGACGAGGAGAUGGCUUCAGCACCAGAAGGAGCUCGUCAACCAAGUCUUGAAGGCAACAAUGGCCAUCAAUGCUAAUGUUCUCAUGGAGAUGGAUGUUCCAGAAGCUUACAUGGAGACUCUGCCUAAGAAUGGGAAAUCCACCCUCGGGGACUCGAUGUACAAGCUUAUAACCGACGAUUAUUUCAACCCCGAAGAACUCAUAGCAACGGUUGACCUGUCAAAUGAGUACAACAUUGUUGAUCUGAAGAACCGGAUUGAAGCGUCGGUCGUCAUUUGGCAAAAGAAAAUGCAGCGGGACGGCAAGUGGGGCCAUGGCGUCAGCCACGAGAAGCGGGGCCGGUUCGAGGGGAGGGCGGAGAACGUUCUUCUCCUCCUCAAGCACAGGUUUCCAGGGAUUUCCCAAUCAGCUCUGGACAUCAGCAAAAUCCAAUACAACAGGGUACCCACAAUUUUCACUUUGUUUUCGGAAUUGCUACACUACCUUUUCAUUACUAUAAUGCCAACUACAUACAUUUGUGUUUCCGUGUUGUUUUUGCAGGAUGUUGGGAGUGCCAUUCUGGAGAGCUACUCAAGGACGCUCGAGAGCCUAGCCUACACCGUCAUGUCCCGCAUCGAGGACGUUCUCCAUGCCGACUCCCUCACCCAAGACCCCAAGCAAGGGGACUCGUUGCGGAUGCCGAGCUUGACAUCCGAUGACACGGACACGGUGGUCCAAGACGCCAAGGACGAGAUGGGGAGGCUGGGAAGAAUGGAGCCGGUUAACUCGACAUUGUUCGACUACGUGGGGCCUCGGGAUGGCACCAUCGAGACCAUGAUACUAGAAUCACAGGAUCCCCAGGGCAAGAAGCUGAGCAAGGUCUCGAAGAUCGGCACCAAGAGGUACUCCUACCUGGACAAGCUUGAGAACCUGGGCGGAGCACGCAGCCCCAUAUCUAGACACUAGUGGCGCGCUGCCGUAGGGGGUUGCGGGGGUGGCGAG